GCCUCCUCCACCUUCUCCCGCCCGCUGCAGCUCGCCAGCCGCGCAGCGAGGUGGCCCCGGCGCGGGGAGUCCCGGGCUCCCCAGCCUACACAGGCGCGGGGUGCUGCCGCCCUGAGGGCGCGGCUGAGGGCGCCCGCAGUAGGGGGCGUCCGGAGAAGGGGGCGCGGCGGCGCCGUCCCCGCCCCUGCGUGGCUCUCGGCCCCUCCGGCUCCGCGACUUGGACCUGAGCUGGGCUCAGCGCCUCGCGCUCCCUGCGCGCGUCCCGCCCCCCGCAGCCCCACGGCCGGGCAUGUAGCAGCGGCUGCAGCUGCGGGCUCCGCGGCAGAAUAUGGGCGGGAACCACUCCCACAAGCCCCCAGUGUUUGACGAGAAUGAGGAAGUCAACUUUGACCAUUUUCAGAUUCUGCGGGCCAUUGGUAAAGGCAGUUUUGGAAAGGUGUGCAUCGUGCAGAAGCGCGACACGAAGAAGAUGUACGCCAUGAAGUACAUGAACAAGCAGAAGUGCAUCGAGCGCGACGAGGUGCGGAACGUGUUCCGGGAGCUGCAGAUCAUGCAGGGGCUGGAGCACCCGUUCCUGGUCAACCUGUGGUACUCCUUCCAGGACGAAGAGGACAUGUUCAUGGUGGUGGACCUGCUGCUGGGUGGCGACCUUCGCUACCACCUGCAGCAGAAUGUGCACUUCACAGAGGGCACGGUGAAGCUCUACAUCUGCGAGCUGGCGCUGGCCCUGGAGUAUCUGCAGAGGUGCCACAUCAUCCACAGAGACAUCAAGCCAGACAACAUCCUGCUGGACGAGCAUGGACAUGUUCACAUCACGGACUUCAACAUAGCAACUGUUGUCAGAGGAGCAGAAAAGGCAUCCUCCAUGGCCGGGACCAAGCCCUACAUGGCUCCAGAAGUCUUCCAGGUGUACGUGGACGGAAGCCCUGGGUACUCGUACCCCGUCGACUGGUGGUCCCUAGGCAUCACAGCCUAUGAGCUGCUGCGGGGCUGGAGGCCCUAUGAGAUCCACUCAUCCACGCCCAUCGACGAGAUCCUCAACACGAUCAAGGUGGAGCGCGUUCACUACUCCUCUGCAUGGUGCCCUGGCAUGGUGGCCCUGCUGAAGAAGCUCCUAACCAAGGACCCCGAGAGCCGCCUGUCCAGCCUCAGCAACAUUCAGAGUGCACCCUACUUGGCCAACAUGAACUGGGAUGCCGUGUUUGAGAAGGCACUGAUGCCCGGCUUUGUGCCCAAUAAAGGGAGACUGAACUGUGACCCCACAUUUGAACUUGAGGAGAUGAUUCUCGAAUCCAAGCCACUUCACAAAAAGAAGAAGAGGUUGGCAAAGCACAGGUCCAAAGACAGCUCGAAGGACACCUGCUCCCUGAAUGGGCACCUGCAGCAGUGUCUGGAGACGGUGCGGAAGGAAUUCAUCAUCUUCAACAGAGAGAAGCUCAGGAGGCAUCAGGGGCAAGGCGGCCAGAUCCUGGACCCUGAAGGCCGACCAGGGAGCCAGGCCCAGAGCAAGCUCCAGGAUGGCUGCAACAACAACAUCCUGACCAACACCUGCCCCCAGGGCUGUAGCAGUUAACCCUGCACCUGCAGCUGCCCAUGGGACAGCAGGGCUCUCUGCCCUGCCUCCCCAGAGCCCUUCUCUAUGCUAUGAUGGUCCCCAUCUCGUCCCUGAAAACCAGAAAGAGCCCUGGACUUGGAGCUGGGAAGCCUGGUUCUGGCUAAUUUGCUCUGUGACCUCAGACACAUCCUAUCUGUGCCUCGGUUUUCUGCCUCUGCCAAGGAAGUUAAGCAGCUCCUUCCCCACCUCCAGGUACAAAUUUAUUGUGAGAAUCCAGUUGAAUAGCAGAUAUGCAAACUCUUGGGCAUUUAUAAAAUUGUUUAUACUUGGAAAAUAGAAUCCUAAUAUUUGGAGUGCACUCCCGUUCCCCGACACACUUUGCAGUGUGGCCCAACCUAGCUGGCUAGAUGGUACUUGGGAAAUCUACAGCCCCACGGGCAUCUUAACUAUUUCACAUGUCUGUCCUGCUCCAAAUCCUGGAGCCACCCCGGGAUGGCUUCAUUUGUAUUCUCUGCAGGCCACAGACUCUGACCUUGCAGAACCAUGCAGCACACAGAACAGCUGGGCCCUGAGGUCUUGGUACUGAGGAACGCUCCUCCCCAGAUCCCUGAGGAUGCCCCACCUUGGAAUGUCAGCAGCCUCCCAGACCUGUGCCCCGGUGCUAGGCUGGCACAAAAGUGCCCUUUCAGAUGAUAGCUUACUGGUCCUCGGUUACACCACUGUGUUCCCAUGUUCCCAAAAGCCUAGCCCUGCAACAGAACCCCUUCCAGGACAGCAAGGGUCUAGACAACAUGAAGGGCAACCAAGGGACCCGACGGGCACUGAUAAGAGGGGCUUGCUCUUAGUAACUUAGAGACCAUGGGCGUUUAGAAGGUCUGUUCUGGAAGGAAAGUGGCUUUACUCAAAGGCCAGCUACUUUAUCAUGAGGUCAGGACAGCUUGCUCUCAAACAGGGAGAUGCUGAAGCUUAAAUGGUAAAGCAGGGCUCUGUGGUCAAACUCAUGCAGAAUCCAGCCCUACUGAUCUGCUGGAAGCCCGUAGGCAAGUCACAAGAUCAUGUAGCCAUCGGGUAACUUAUUUUAAAAUAGGGAUACAACUGGGGCCUGGGCACAGUGGCACUACCUGUAAGCCCAGCCCUUGAGAGGCUUAGGCAGGAGGAUUGUGAGUUUCAGACUAGCCUGGGCAACUUAAUGAGACUCUCACAAUAAAAAGAAAAAUCAGUCAAACGGGGUUCCCCAAGAUUCUGUACGUAGCACACUCAGAAGGGCAAAUGGCUCCAUUCCUCGCUGGCAUCUUCAUCCUCACCUUCACUGUUUGGAGACCCCCUUUCCCAGAUUUGCCAUGAUGGUUUUUGUGUAAACAAGCCUCAUUCCUGUUUCAGGUCCUUCUCAUAUUUCUCCCUCAGGCACUGAUGUCUGUCCAUCCCUGUUGAGUUUCACUGUGUUUUUACUUUUUAUCCAGUUUCGGUUUCCUACUUUUUAACAUGAAAACUCAGCCCUCAGGACUGUCUGUGUCCUCCCUUAGAUUCCUUAAGACAUUUUAAUGCAGGAUACAGUUUAAAAAGCGCUCCUUGUUCCCCCUUCUCACUGGGGCUGUUUCUGGGUUGUGUUGACCACAUCUGGCUGUGUCCUCUGCCCUUUUUGGUCUCCUGUCCCCACGGGCACUGUGCUGCCCACUGUGGCACUGACGGGGCUGCUCCUCUCUUCACUGUGACCUGGAAGUGUGCAGACCUCGUGCUGGCGAGCUGGUGACCUGGUGAGCUGGUGAGGGGGCCAGAGCCGGAAGCAGCCCUGCAGACUCCAGGUUUCCUUACUCUGUUCAUGUGGUGUUUCUUGUUCAGAAUAAACUAUUUCUCGGACCUUUC